AGAGCCAUUACAAGUUAGCAAAAGAAGGUCGAGCUAGUUACAUAGUUUCCCGCAGAUGUUGAUGUGUAAAAGCUGGAGUCGACCUAGGGGUACGAUUUCCAUUUUCUCUGGUGUCCUCUGGCAGUGCAUUGGUAGGAACAGACCCUUUACUAGGCUUUUGCUUGUUAAUGGGCAUGAUAGUUUUACUUUUAGAUUCUUUAGAAUCAUAACCUGUGAAAAAGGAAUCUCCAUUGUAAACUUGAAUUGGUUUUGUGUACACAGAAGGCUCUUGUGUUAAAGAAGGAAUAUAAAAUCACAAUCAGAUGGCUUCCAGCCCAAAACCAUCUUUUCUCGGUCAAAAACCAUCCGAUAGCAGUUAUAAAAUUUCUGCAAAAGUGGUCCUCAUAUCAGUGGUGUCUUUCAUUUUGUCAAAAUAUGUGAAGACUCUAAGAUAUAAGAUGAAAACUAGGUCUCAGGUUCAAAUCCCGAAAGAGACAAAAAACACUAGGUAAUUUCUUCCCAUCUGCCUAAGUCUUGGUGGGCAGAGUUACUCGAUACCUAUGCUAGUGGGAGGUAGCAGGUACCUAGUGGAAGGUGCGUGCAAGUUGGCCCCAACACUACCAUCAUUAAAACAAAGAUGAAAACUAAAACUUCUUAAUAUUUCUUGGCACGUGCUAUGUAUGAGUUUAGUUCCUUGGUUGCUGAAAUAAGUAGAAUGACGUUACUAGUUAAUAGAUUCUCAUGUCCAAUGAUAUUGACAUCCCCAUUUUUGACAACAGCUAAACAAAAUGAUGUGGAACCGUCCUGAUGAUUAAAGCCGGGUCAUUAGAAAAUAUGAUAAAAAGAAUGAUCUAACUCUUAUAUGUUAACAUAGAAUGAUCUAACUCUUAUAUGUUAACAUUGUCAAAAAAAAGAAUGAUCUAACUCUUAACAUAUAAAGAGCAGUAUCAUCUUACCGGAAGGGACAAUGUUAUAAUUGGAUAAAAAUGAUAAAAUGGUUGCCACCAUUCAUUAUCAAAUUUUCAUCUAAGAAUUUCAAAGGAAGUUUGAUUUGCCCUGUAUAGACAGAUGGUGUUAAAUUCUUAAGAGUUUAGGAAAUUAAGAGAAGGAAUACAUAGAGAUUAUAAAAGCUGGUUUACCUUAGCCCAUAGCAGUACUCAAAAGGAACUUGCACAAGAGGUUGAAUACGUUGCUCUUGUGCCUGGGAAUAAUACUGCAAAAUAUACUAAAUAUUUUUUGUUGUCAAAUAUCAAAACAAAGUCUCCAACUAGUGAUCAUAAAUUCAGCUUGUGAGGCAGAUCUAGGAUUUAAACUUGAUGAGUUCAACGUUUAAGGGUUUUAGCUCUGAAAUCGGAUUUUUGAAAUUAUGGUUUUGAAAUCUCAUAAUUUUUGAUAUUUUAGUGGUUCUUCAUACACACACACACAUAUAUAUAUAUAUGAUAUAUCUGUAUUCUGUGUCGAAAAUACUUGUUCAGUUGAAUAGUGAAAUAGGUUGCAUCCGUCUUCGCUCCUGACUCACAUUCUCUGUAAUGACUUAUCUAUGUUCCAUGUCGAAAAUCUCUGGAUCAUUUAAGUAUGUGAAUGAAGUACCGGGAUCAAAUAUAGCUGUGAAAUCAACAUUAGUGUCCUUAUUCCCCAUAGUUAUUCCCCUCGGGCUAAUGUUAUAAGUUUUGCUGUUUCAGAGAGAGAAAAGAAGGAAAUAUACAUAUAUAGUUUGAAUUCCCAUAUCAUGAUCAAGCUUGAACAACAACAAAACAACUACCCAGUGAAAUCCCACAACGUGGGGUCUGGGGAGGGUAGAGUGUACGCAGACCUUACUCCUACCAAGGUAGGACGGCUGUUUCCAAAAGACCCUCGGCUCAAUAAAAAGCAUAAAAAGAGGUCAGAUAAGGCUAAGAGAUUCAAAGCGAUAUGGAAAUGAAAUAACGCAAGCGACACAUAUAACAUAGGAUAAUCAAAGCACAGGAAAUAACAGAUAAUAGCAGAAAUCAGAGCACAAGAAAUUAUACUGCGAUAAUGCGACUACUAAUAAGAAAAGAUAACGAGACUAUCUACUAGCCUUCUACCCUAAUCUGGGUCCUCCAAAUCCUCCUAUCUAAGGUCAUGUCCUCGGUAAGCUGUAACUGCGCCAUGUCGUGUCUAAUUACCUCUCCCCAAUACUUCUUCGACCCACCCCUACCUCGUCUGAAACCAUCCAUGGCCAACCUCUCACACCUUCGCACUGGGGCAUCUGUGUCUCUCCUCUUCACAUGCCCAAACCAUCUCAAUCUCGCUUCUCGCAUCUUGUCUUCCACCGAAGCCACUCCCACCUUGCCCCGAAUAUCCUCAUUCCUAAUCCUGUCACUCCUGGUGUGGCCACACAUCCAUCUCAACAUUCUCAUCUCGGUAACUUUCAUCUUUUGAACGUGAGAGAUCUUAACUGGCCAACACUCCGCUCCACACAACAUAGUCGGUCUAACCACCACUUUGUAGAACUUGCCCUUAAGUUGUGGUGGCACCUUCUGGUCAUAUAGCACUUUGGAAGCAAGCCUCCAUUUCAUCCACCCUGCCCUAAUACGAUGUGUGACAUCAUCGUCAAUCUCCCCGCUGCCUUGCAUAAUAGACCCAAGAUACUUGAAACUACUUUUCUUCUGGAUGGCCUGGGUACCAAGCCUCACUUCCAAGCCAGCCUCCUGAGGUGCUUCACUGAACUUACACUCUAAGUACUCUGUCUUGGUCCUACUAAGCUUAAACCCUUUAGACUCCAGAGUAUGUCUCCAACCCUCCAGCUUAGCGUUAACUCUGCUACGAGUCUCGUCGAUCAGGACUAUGUCAUCCGCGAAACAGAAUCAAAAUGCAGAAUCCUGUGAAUCAAGGCGAAAACUUAGUGUGGUUGUUCAAGAUCGAAAAGUGUUUCUCCCUGGCGCAGACUUUCGCUGUCUCCAAAAUCUAUUCGUCCAAUACCGUCAGCCCCAAAGCACAUAGAAAACAAUUUGCAGCAAGUCCUUUGCUGACUAAAUGCCAGGAACAAAUAUAUCGCCCAUACCGAGUCCAUAUAGACCGUUGAGGCCAGCCACACUAAGCUUUCACCACACUAAGCUUUCACCAUACCGAGUCCAAAUAGACUGUUGAGCAACCACACUAAGCUUUCACCAGAAAAGCACUUGUUUGUUUCAUUCCACACCUGAAAUAGAACAACUACUCCCGCAGUCUCAAAUUAUCUAUUGUGAUUUCUAAAAAUGGUUGUCUUAAAUUAUUUGUCAUUUAGAAAUUCAAGACAAAAUUUAUCAAUUUUCCCCAUUUUACCCUGAACAGUAGCGAAUUCAGAAUUUAGUAAGUUGUGGGUUCUGGAAUGUAUAUAUACAUUCUGGGUGUGUUUGGUAUGGAGGAAAACAUUUUUCAGAAAUCGGUGUUUGGUACGAAAGAAAUGCUUUCCACGGAAAAUGUUCCUAGAAAAUGUUUUCCUGGAAAUUUAGUGGGUUUGUUACUUAUUUUCUGAUUUUGGUAAGUAAGCGAAAAAUGUUAUUCUAAAAAUAUUUGUAUGCUCCUUCCAUCCCAAUUCAAGUGUCUUAGUUUGACUGGACACGGAGUUUAAGAAAUAUAGGGAGACUUUUUAAUCUUGUAGUUCUAAAUUAAAGAUGUGUGUAAUGUACUAAAAUGUCUUGAAUUUUGUGGUUUUAAACUUGUCAUGUAUGGUGUUUGAAUUGUUAACUUACUAAAUAUAGAAAGAGGCACUCUUUUUGGGACAAACCAAAGAGGAAAGUAAGACACUUAAAUUGGGAGGGGGAUUAUAAUUUAGGCAAACACUAUGGUGGGAUGGGGAUGGAGGUGUGGGGAGGAGACAAUCAAUGUGAAAUGCUACUAUGAAACUUGUUUUCACUAGGGAAGUCAUUGUCCUUAUGUUUAAGAAACUUGUUUUCCUAAAGAAAAAUGAUUUCCAAAAAUUUUGACCAACCAAACAUAGGAAAAAUUAAAACAUACCAAACACACCCAAAAUGUUUUCCAAUUUUCCAUGUUUGGUUGGUCAAAAUCCAAAUUUUUUCUAGGAAAACGAGUUCUUAAAAAUGAGGAAAAUGACUUCCCUACUGAGAGUGGGGAAAACAAGUUUCAACAGUGCAUUCCAUGUUAUUUGUCUCCUCUCUACCCUCCACUACCCCCCCCCCCCCUCCACCCCCAUAGCCUUCAUGCCUGCACUCCAACCCUCCACCCUUUCCUAAUAUUGUUUGCCUAGAUUAUAUAAAAUAUUUCUGGGACAAUAUUUUCAGCUUACUUACCAAUCUCACUUAUUUGUGAGGAAAACAUUUUUCUUCAUACCAAACACACCCUCUAUCUAUGCUUUUUUUCAGCAACACUGAAUUCUGCCGGACUCACGAACCUGUUGUUGGAUCCAACACUGCCUUGAAAAGAGAUGGGUCCGGGUUGGCAGAAAAUUUGAGGCCCCAAGUAAUAAUUUGAAGUUAAACCUUGGUUUUUAAAUGGAGUAAUCAGCACUGACGAACUCAAUGAUGUGUUUCUACUUUUUUGACUGAAUAAUAGUCAAGUUAUGUUGAUUUUGAUAUUUAAUAAAACAGUGCUUUUGUAACAUUGAUAAUCAAGUUAUUUUGACUGGAUAGUUUUUAAUCUCAUUCUUCAUGUUCCGCAUGGGAACUUAUCAGGUUACUAUAAGAUGUUGUCUUGUUUUAUAUCUUACUUGGAAAAGGAGAAAUAAUUUCCUUGUAAUCUUGACUGAGAUACAAUAUAACUUUGAAGUCCAAGAAAAAAAUGUCAUUUUCAUCAAUUAUUUCUUAAUAAUCAGUGGGGCUCAUUGAUGGAUCUUGAAUAAAAAUAAAUGAAGUAAACAAUAAAUAAGUACUAAGAGUAGGAGGUUCUGUGACAACUGAAAACAAGGACCAUGUCAAACUACAAGCUAUACUGUUGAACAGAAACCUUUAACUAUUUCCUAUAAUAGAAUUUGUCCAAGGAUUCAUGCUUCCUGAAGAAAAGAAAUGGGAGUGAAUUUCUAAAGCAGAUCAGCCUGGGAAACAAAAGAGAAAAGAAAAUGGCAUGGCCAAGAUGGGAAUUUUUUCUGUUUCUGAUGUUCAGAGGGAUGCUUUUACCACUAGUGUUUACUGAAACUGAUACCUUAACUCAAACCCAACAACUGUCACCAAAUCAGACGCUUGUCUCUGUUGGCAAAAAAUUUGAGUUGGGCUUCUUCAGUCCAAGUAACUCGAGCAGACUAUAUCUCGGAAUGUGGUUCAAGAAUAUUCCUGGUCAAAGGAUUGUAUGGGUAGCCAACAGAGAAGAUCCACUCCGAGCUUCUGACUCUGCUGCAAUCUUGAAGAUCGCAGAAGAUGGGAACCUCAGAAUUGUCAAUGGAAACCAAAAUACUGUUUGGUCGACCAAUGCCUCUGUAUAUUCUAAUAACACGAUUGCUGUGCUAACAGACGAAGGGCAAUUAUUUCUUAAAAACAAUGUAUCAGGAACAUCCGUAUGGGAUAGUUUUAAUUAUCCUUGUGAUACCUUGUUACCCGGAAUGGUUAUUGGAUACAGCACCAGGACUGGGGAGAAACUCGUCUUGUCAUCCUGGCAGGCUGAAGAUGAUCCAUCGCCUGGAGAAUUUAUUACUGGACUUUCCGUAGAAACGCUACCUCAAGUCUUCACAUGGACUAAUAACUCAGGGCCUUAUUGGAGAGGUGGCCCAUGGGAUGGAGCGAAUUUCAUAGCCUUACCUGAUGCCAACAAGGGGUUUGCAGGUGGUAUAAAUGUCGUAACAAAUAAACAACAGGGGUCUGCCUUUCUAAGUUUGGAUACAUUCAACGAUUCUUAUGUUACAAUCAUGGUCCUAAAGCCAUCAGGGCUAUUGCAGAUUAUGCUUUGGGAAGAAGAACUAAAUGCGCGGAAGGUCCCUUGGGAGGCACCAGAUAAUCCAUGCGAUGUUUAUGGAACUUGUGGUCCUUAUGGUGUUUGCGAUAAGAAUAAGUCUCCAAUCUGUGAUUGCUUGAGAGGAUUUAUACCAAAGUCAACUGAGGAAUGGAAUAGAGGAAAUUGUACUGCUGGCUGUGUGAGGGGAACUAAACUUCUAUGUGAAAACAGUACAAGUGGAAUAGCCCCAAAGGGAUCAAGAAAUGACAAGUUUUUGCAGCUGAAUGAGAUGGAACUACCUGAUCACUACACAUAUUUGUACAAUUAUACUGCUCAGAACUGCAAAGAGUGGUGCCUGCAUAACUGUUCUUGUGCAGCCUAUGCGUUUCUAGAUAGAAUUAAUUGCAUGGUUUGGACCUAUGAACUUACGGAUGUUCAGCUGUUUCCAUAUGAUGGUGCGGAUUUUUUUCUUCGCCUUGCGUAUUCUGAACUAGAUAAAAGGAAACAAAAACUUAUCAUCGGCUUCACAACCGUUUCAAGCAUUCUCAUAUUGGGCAUCUUUGGAUGCAUCUUCUGCAGAUGGAAAGCAAAUCAAAGAGGAAAUAGAAGAAAUAGGGUUGAAAACUACAUUUCGGCUGACUGGCCUCAGAAUUCAAGGGAAACGUCUACAGACAAUUUGUGGGAAGGACAAGCAUUGCCAAACGAUUCAUCAGAACUACCGCUUCUUGACUUUGCUAAACUGGAAAUUGCAACUGAUAGCUUCAGUGAAAUAAAUAAGAUUGGAGCGGGAGGAUUUGGCCCUGUUUACAAGGGAAAACUGGAAGAUGGACAAGUGAUCUCGUCAGAAUAUUGGCCUAUUGCGUUCACGGGAAAGAGAAGUUACUGGUUUAUGAGUACAUGGCUAACAGAAGCUUAGAUACUUUGCUGUUUGGUAAAUGGUUCCAACUGUAAUUUCUUUUAUGGCUUUUUGCUUGAUCAACAUAAUUUACUUGUUAUCCUCCCAUUCUCUGUUGACAGUUCGUAUGUAUUGGAAAUGGAAAUCACACUCCGCUGCACAAUUAUAUUUUACUACCAUGCCUAGUUAGGAGCUCAUGCAAUUCUUCCAUACGAUCUAGGAUGAAAUUUUUCAAAAAGAGAGCAUGCUUCAUUUGUUUUCUUCAAUUGUAUAACCAUUUUCAAUGCUCUGUCAAUCACAC